UUCGGUAUUAGGCUUGUUAUCGCACAAUCAAUGAUUGUUUUCUCCAUUAAUUUCAAAUAGGCCGAUAUGUAUUUUUAUUAUUCGACAUGUCCCGUUCGAAAUUAAACUAUACAGUAAACAGCAAACAUUAGCGUAGGGCUACAGUUUUCUUGCUUGAAUAACUGUGAAUUCAUUUUAAUACUAGGCCAAACUUCAAAGCCAUGAUAUCAGUAAAGGAACUAAGUACUCUGUUGGGGAUUCUCAGUGAAGAAAAUGUAGAAACACAAAGUUUAGAAGCCCUUUGUUCUCAAUUACAUCAGUGUUUCUCCAAGCAAGACAACUAUAAAGUUGGCUGUGCUCUCGUGUUGUUGCUACAAAAUGGAGACCUGCUGCCUCGGCCAUGGCAGCGGCUUGCGGCAAUCACCUUCCUGUACGACAUGUACCGGGGCGAGGUGCUGGCGUCUAGUCCCUUCGCCCCUGUCUUCGUACAUCUAUUGCAACCUACGGAUCCCGUAGUCAAGCCUGGUCCUCGGAAGUUAGAGUUCACUCAGCUACCAAGGUUGUCCUUGUCCGAGAAAAGCUUUGUUUCUCAACUUAUCACAAACUCUUCAAAAGAUCUAUUAAAGAAGACCGCCAAGCAGGUUUUGUCAGUGGAAGGCCCUGUGGUGGAUGUGUCUGUGCUACAGAUGACGUUAGCGGAGAAACACAGUGAGUUGCCGUCGACCGGCCGAGCAGCUCUCAGUGUCUUGGUGCCUGAUAGUGACUUGCGCUCCAGUUUGCCGGUGGAUCCGGUGGCUGCACACAAGACAGUAGAGGCGCUGUUGACAGGGCCACUGCCCGUCUCCGCUCAGAACUACCGACCUGAGAUGUUGCGGCUAGCUCCUCCACUGCAUGUGUGUGAAGAUGAGCUGGUGUGGCUGAACAUGGUGAGUCCGUCGGAACACCAGGCCGCGAUGGACGUGACAGCUUGUGUGUGGAACUGCGCUGGUGUCGAGGCUAAGAAGCUCAUGGUGAAAGCUUUCAAGAGCGCUCUGACUUUACAACAGCAGCAGCAUCUGCUAGCCGAACUGGACAACGACCCCAAGCUGGUCUACCACAUCGGUCUCACCCCUAACAAGUUACCAGACUUGGUUGAGAACAACCCCUUGAUAGCCAUCGAGGUGCUGUUGAAACUGAUGCAGUCGACUCACAUCACGGAAUACUUCAGUGUUCUGGUCAACAUGGAGAUGAGCUUGCACUCAAUGGAAGUCGUCAACAGGCUGACCACCACUGUAGAUCUGCCUACAGAGUUUGUGCAUCUUUAUAUCUCUAACUGCAUCUCUACCUGUGAGACUAUCAAGGACCGCUACAUGCAGAACAGACUGGUCCGACUCGUCUGCGUGUUCCUACAGUCGCUCAUCAGGAACAAGAUCAUCAAUGUGCAGGAAUUGUUCAUCGAAGUGCAGGCGUUCUGCAUAGAGUUCAGUCGCAUCAGGGAAGCGGCCGCACUGUUCAGACUGCUCAAACAGCUGGAAGCGGGGGGAGAGGGGGUGGUCGGUGGAGCCCCGCUAAGCGGAGUACAACCUGGCAAAACCAAGCUUGGAGAGCCGUAGUGACUAACAACAGUGCUGUGUUGUUAAAACAUAAAGUGCUAAUCCAAAACUAAGUGUGAGAGUGCCUUGAAAAUUACAAAUUAUUAUUGUAACAAUUGAAGGACAAGUUAACUUAUGAUUCAGAAUAAUUCUAGAACUUAAUUCCAAUCUCUAGUGGGAAAAAAUUGUUUUUGUCCAGGUAUAUACUAUAUAGUGUAUUUCAUAUUUAUGUAUGGAAACUUGUCAUGUAUAUUAUCUAUUAGAGAGAAGUUUCUCUAUUUUUUGACAAAUUUUAAUAAUGAUCUAAAAGUGUCAUAUUAUGUUUUUGAUUUCUAAUGGUACAAAUAUACUAUAAUUUAGUCUAAAUAAUUUUGUAAAGUGACCUGAA